AUGCACAUCUGGCUGCAUGGACCGAAACCAAGCCAACGAAGAUACCCGCCCCUUCCCUCUCUUUCUGGUAAACAGGAUCGGAGAACAAUUGAUUCCUUCAACAACACAACACACACACGCCUUCCCCACAGCCUUCUCCACCAACAUAUCCGGAGUUCCGACCCAAAGGGAGAGAGAAACAGAUCUGGAAGAAGUGGCCGGCUGCGUUUCAAGCCUCCCUCCACCACCUCGCCAAGCCUUUCCAGGUUUUCACCGGCGAACCAAGAAGAGGAUGCGAAACGGACCGUCCCUUUGUCGCCAUGCCGUUGGCAUCUCCGUCUCCCAAAAGCACAACUUUGGGACGGGAUCUGCUGGGGUGGGCGAGGGCGGAGGGGGAAGGAGCGAGGGCUGGAUACCUCCUGGGCUUCGCGCACGGCGAGAAGGAAGAAAGCUGCAUUGCCCUACCUGUUCGGCGCACGGCUUCGCUCACUCGAUCAUGAUUCCUCCCUCCGAGAUCGAGCAGGGUGGGCGCGGGUGGGUGGCUUUUUUGGGGCGGCUGGUCGCUCACUGGAGGAUGGAAUGUCGAUUUCGAGCCAAUGCCCGUCUCCAAGGAAAGGGCAGGCGAGGCGUCCCGCGUCUACAGCGGUCCCGCGCUGCUCUCCGCGGCGCCCAUCCUGCGCGCUGCUCACCUGCCUCUGGAUCCCUUUGGGUUUCCUCCACAAGCGCAGCCGGGCGAGAGGGCUGGAGUUGAGCGGGCGCCCGCUGGUCGCCCAGGCAGAGUUCAGCGGGAUGGCGAAGGCAUCGGAUAGGCACCACGAGGGAAGGUGGGGAGGAGGCGGAAGAAGAAGAAGAUCGGAAGGGAGCAAGAACAAUAAAGCGCUGGCAGCGAGCAAAGUAAUGGAGCGCUCAGGGACACGUCACGAAAGCCCGCAGCUUCAAUGA